AUGCGCUAUCUUCAAGAGGAGACUCCCAUCAACCACAUGAUCGCAGGGACAAUUGCCGGCGGUGUUCAGUGUCUGGUUACUGGACCAAUGGAACUUGUAAAGACGCAAAUGCAGGUGACUGGAAUCGGGGACGCGUCUGUGAAGCCUUCCCUGUUGAAUACAGCGCGCGAGAUCUACAGAAACGACGGGCUUAAAGGGUUCGGACGAGGUCUUGGGACAACAUUGUGCCGCGAGCUUCCUGCCUUUGCCUGCUACUUCGGCAGUUACGACGCCCUCCUCAAAAUCACCAAUUAUAGCCCUUCAGAUGACCAUGCUACGGCAAAGAUUCUCGUCUCUGGCGGUCUAGCUGGCGUUAACUCUUGGGUUCUGACGUAUCCAGUUGACCAAGUCAAGUCCAAGUUACAGGCCGAUCAAACAAACCGUUUCUCCGGGCCAAGUGACUGCAUAAAACAGACGAUGCUAGAAGAAGGCAUCCGUGGUUUUUAUCGAGGAAUUUCUACCGCAGUAGUGCGCGCCUUCGUCGUCAAUGCGGCUACCUUCGGCGGCGUUAACUACAUGAUGAACAUUUUGCUGAGCCAAACGUCUUGA